UCUCUCUCUACAUCUUUUUGCAGACACUAUUAUAUAAGAACAUGAUUAGGUGACAAGUUUAUCUUCACUCUUUAGUACUUUUUUCAUUCAAAAAAAUCGUGGGUUGGGACCAAAACCCAAGAAAUGGUUUCAGUGCUUGUAAAUGCUCUGUUUCCAACUCUGUUUCUAACUCUGUUUCUGUAUUCCCACCAAACAAAAUCAGAGGAUUUUAACUCUUUCAGCAAUGAGACCAACUUUGAAGUCAGUAACAUUGCAGGAACAUGUAACUUGUUCCGUGGCAAAUGGGUCUACGACGCUUCAUAUCCUCUCUAUGACCCUUCAACUUGUCCUUUCAUAGAUCCACAGUUCAAUUGUCAGAAACAUGGUCGCAAAGAUAAGCUUUACCAGAAAUAUAGGUGGAUGCCAUUUUCUUGUAACAUGCCAAGGUUCAAUGGUUUGAACUUUCUGAAAGGAAAUAAAGGAAAAAAGAUUAUGUUUGUUGGUGACUCUUUGAGCUUAAAUCAGUUCAAUUCAUUGGCUUGUAUGAUUCAUGCUGCUGUACCAAAUUCUAGAAGCACAUUCAGACAAAGAGAUGCUAUCUCUUCAGUCACAUUUGAGGAGUAUGGGCUUGAGUUAUUUCUAUACCGCACAGCAUACUUGGUGGACCUUGAUCAUGAUAAAGAAGGACGAGUAUUGAAGCUUGAUUCAAUCAAGAGUGGUGAAGCUUGGAGAGGAAUGGAUGUGUUGAUCUUCAACACGUGGCAUUGGUGGACCCACACUGGAAGCUCACAGCCAUGGGAUUAUAUUCAGGAGAAUAAAAAGUUGUAUAAAGAUAUGAAUCGUUUUGUUGCAUUCUACAAAGGACUACAAACUUGGGCUAGGUGGGUUGAAAUGAAUGUUAAUCCAGCACAAACCAAAGUCUUCUUCUUAGGAAUUUCUCCUGUCCAUUACCAGGGGAGAGAUUGGAACCAACCAACAAAGUCAUGCAUGAGUGAGAAAGUGCCAUAUUUUGGUUUGAAAUACCCUGGAGGGACACCAAUGGCUUGGAUGGUGGUGAACAAGGUGUUGAGAAAGAUGAGUAAGCCAGUUUAUUUCUUAGAUGUGACAACUCUUUCACAGUAUAGAAAAGAUGCACAUCCUGAAGGUUAUAGUGGUGUUAUGGCAACUGAUUGUAGCCACUGGUGUCUUCCUGGACUUCCUGAUACUUGGAAUCAGCUUCUCUAUGCAGCACUUUCUCAUUGAAAGAAAACAAAAAACAACUAGAGAGAGGCUUGACAACUUAAUUUGUUUAUAAGGUUCAACUUAUUUUAGAGGAAAAUCCAUUGUUUUCAACUUUAGGAAAUAUUUGAUUUGGUGUUUCGGUUCUUGUAAUUGGGCAAUAAAGGUUGGAUGGUCCAAUGUCUAAAAUUGUAAAUGUUCAUUGUUUAGGCAGCAAUUUGCCUUUAAUUGUGCCAAAUAUAUGUUUUUUCAAUUUGAAUAGUAUAUCUUGGAAGGAUUUGGUGUCUUGUUGUAAAUCAAGUAGAUGAUGAAGUUCCCUUUUCUAAAGCAUUUGAUUUGAAUAAAAAAAAAUGCAAGAGAAUCUCAUGUAAUGUUGCCAACUAGAGCAGUUAUAAUUUAUAAGCUUCACAUGUCAGAUUUGAA